GGCUUAGUGGCUUAUCAGGGCAGGGUGGCCUGUGCUGCGCUCUUAUCUCUGCCGGCCACAUUGGCGGAAGGUUCCGCUCUCCAUACUAAACAGCUCGCUGGAUGGACGUGAUGUGGGAUUAUAUACAAUCCACCCCAAACUCCAGGCUGCACUUAUUAUCGGGACAUGAAUGGCCCUUCACAAAAUGGCUCCACACACUCGCUAGCAAGAAAAUACCGACGGUAACUCUGACGACACGCCCCUCCACUCCUCAUUUUCAGACCCCUUUGGAUGUUCUCCAUCACUGCGGUUUGCUUCUCCCCGCUUUCCUUUUUAUGUCAUUUAGUGUUCUGAGUUGCCUCCGAGAUGAUGGAAAAACUGAACGCCGACGUCUGCAAAACGAGCCCAAAGGACGUCAGGUCUCCGUGUCACGAAUCGCAGAAAGGUGCCGAGGGGUGUGAGACACAGGAAAGCACGACAGAGGCCGACGGGGCACCAGGGGAGGGGUCCCCGGGGGACCACCAGCAGCACCACCACCACAACGGGACGGCCCUAAUUAAUGGGGUAACCAAGGAGACGGCGUACAAUGCAGCCGAGCACAGAAAGGAAAUGCCACUGAUCGAGCUGGCGAGGAGAGGGGGCACCGCGGAUAUAAAAGGCAGGGAGCUGCCAGGAGACGGCAGCCAGAAGGUGCAGACCACCGAGCUGUGCAGACCACCCGUCCCUCUGCCGUUACCUGUGCGGGAGCCAGUCAGCGAUACUCGAAUGGUGCAGCUGAGCCCACCCGCCUUCCCGCUCCCCGCCCGAGCCAUGCUCUACAGCAACGUCGCCAACGCCCUCAACAGUGGUUUCGGAGCUGAUCAAGACCAGUACACCUUAUUUCUCAAUAACAGGGUGAAGCGAAGACCAGCGCCAUACGAGAUGGAGAUAACUGACGAUGAGCCUUGUCGCUACUCCACUCCCGACUCCGACUCCCCCGGCAGAGGAGGACAGACUUCUUAUAAAGCUGGACCCGGGGGUACUUCUGGGUCUCAGCCAAAGGUCAUUCGUCGCAUUUUCACCAACAGCAGGGAGCGAUGGCGGCAGCAGAAUGUGAACGGGGCCUUCGCCGAGCUGCGCAAGCUCAUCCCCACUCACCCACCUGACAAGAAGCUGAGCAAGAACGAGAUCCUGCGCCUGGCCAUGAAGUACAUCAACUUCCUCGCCAAGCUCCUGAGUGACCAGGAAGACGUGGUGGACGACAGGGGGACGCGGACCCACGAGGCCCGCGAGGCCGGGAUCGACCGCGAGGACCUGCUGCCAGAGAUGUUGUCUCCCAACUCCAGCUGCGGUAGCCUGCUGGACGGCGACGGAAGCCCAGAGAGUUUUACCGAGGACCAGGAUUCGGUGGAAUCCCGGCCAUCGACUCGCAACCUGCACCAUGCCCUCCUGCCACUAGAGGGCAACGAGCAGCGAUGAUGAGUCGGGUGUGACGGAGUGUGGACAGCAGCAGCGGAGGCGGUGAAUUGUUGUGCUUGAAAGGCAUGAAGGUUCGACUUUUUUAACUUUAUAAACUAGAUAAUAAUAGAGCUCCUCAACCUUUGACCUCCUGCCGAUACGAUGGGACACGGAAGCAUGUGGCUGCAUUCCAUUAUCAUUGCUUCCAUGCUCUCGACUAAUGCCACCUCCAUGAUGUUUCCAUUGGACGUGUGCAAGCAGACUGUUCACUUUAAUCUCAAAACGUUUUGGUACUCAAGACCGGGCAGGUGCAGCUGACUGGCAUGAAAGGCCCGAUCACCCAGAACUGGCAGCUUUCUCACUUAGCGUGAAGUCAGAGAUACUCGAUGGUACCUACAGCCAUGCUUUGGUUGGCUAAGAAUCGAAUAAUACGAAUGAGGAACACGGAUCAGACAUCUUCUCCACCCCACAGCCAAGGCUGUCCGCCAGUAGGUAGCAGACGCCCGCACCUCAGUCGCCCUAACAAAGUGCACUGUGGGUAGAACCCUUGGCUCAUGAAUGGCUAGCCUUCACCAUACAUGUCCUGUUUUCAAAAGUCAGAAAGAAUGCCAAGAGCAGACGAGACCUACCAGUCCGAGCAGAAGCCAUCACCACAAAUCAUCGUUAUGCUUCCCAAAUUUUUAUAGAAGAGAGAAAAUGAAUUGGAUUGAGACUCGCCGAAGGAAAGACACAUCCCCGUUCGAGGAAAAGGGAAAUGAAAUCCUGACGAUGUUUCAAGGAGAGAAACUUUCCCUUCGUUUUGUUUGGGAUCUUUAAGAAGUAAAAACUUGGACUUGGACCGUGGAGUUGCUCCAAGAUCAACGAGACCCUGGCAUUGCAUGAACUGUCACUCCACCAAAGUGAGGAGGCAAGCAGUGGGCUCUACCUUGGGGUCUCGGGAAGUGGGAUGAGCUAAAGAAGCAGGUGAGAAGUCGCCCUGCUGAUUCAAACCUUCUCUUCGAUUCCGAUUUCAGCGGUCAGGAGAACCCACUGGGGGAUGACAAAUGGAGACCACCCUCAGAAAGAAGCCGACCCACCUACACCGAUCGGUUCAAGGAUUUUUUGUAACUAAAAAGGAAGUGGGUACAAACUACCAGCAUGCUGGAAUCUUUUGGUACAAGUGUGUUAAGAAACGCGUUAGGCGUUAUUGUGUGGAAAAACCGACUUGAAGGGGCUUUCGUUCCUGCAUGGACGGGGUCCUGGGGCCGGGCAGGUCGUCGGGCCCCCUCCAAGUGUGUCGACCCAGCGGACCACGGCGUCCCGUCCCGUCCAUUUCCUGGCACCGUUUUGUUCAACCAUCCGUUCUCAGAAGAAUUCCAGACGGGGGGACGAGAAAGGGAUGGAUGGAGCGGAUCAGAGCGCGGAGCAGAAGCUCCUUCAGCCUUGACGAAGCGC